AUGUUGACCUCAGGGUCUUCUGAGAAACCGGAACCUAUCAAACUCCCAUUUGGCUUCAGAAUCCUCUUUGUUUUUAAAAACAUUUUGACGAAAGCUAUUUGUCGUAUGUCACAAAAGCCAUAAACCUAUUACAAUGUCCAUUAAGCAUUGUCCUCACUUAGUAACGGGUUUCAUCCACUUUUCCUUCGCCUUAUAAUGACAUUUUGAGACGUCAGAGGGGAGAAGGGUGAAGAAGGACAUACACAUACGGUCGUGGGUAUUGUGGUAGUAUAAGGUUUGAUCAUGGGUCUUUUAUUUCUGUAAGAUUCUGAGAAUAGAACGUUACUUUGUAAUUAAAAAGUUGAGUCUUACUGUAGAUACAUUUAGCAUGUAUCUUCAGUAUGACAAAACUUUUCUGAGCUAAGGCUCUAGCAGAGCCCUAGCCCUAGCCCUAGCCCUAGCCCUAGCCCUAGCCCAGAGCCCUAGCCUAGAGCCCUAGCCCAAAGCCCUAGCCCAGAGCCCUAGCCCUAGCCCUAGCCCUAGCCCUAGCCCUAGCCCUAGCCCUAGCCCUAGCCCUAGCCCUAGCCCUAGCCCUAGCCCUAGCCCUAGCCCUAGCCCUAGCCCUAGCCCUAGCCCUAGCCCUAGCCCUAGCCCUAGCCCUAGCCCUAGCCCUAGCCCUAGCCCUAGCCCUAGCCCUAGCCCUAGCCCUAGCCCAGAGCCCUAUCCCAGAGCCCUAUCCCAGAGCCCUAUCCCAGAGCCCUAGCCCAGAGCCCUAGCCCAGAGCCCUAGCCCAAAGCCCUAGCCCAGAGCCCUAGCCUAGAGCUCUAGCCCAGGGCCCUAGCCCAGAGCCCUAGCCCAAAGCCCUAGCCCAGAGCUCAAGAUUAACCAGUCCAGUAAAUCUUUCAUGUCUCAUGAUAAUACCUAAUUACAGGAAAACAACCAAAAUACAGACAUUCUCAGGCUUCGUGCACUAAAACAGAUUUAACUACAUAAUUAAAUAACAUGUUUUGUCACAUAUUGUAUGUGAAAAAAAGAAAGUACGUUUUAGUUGAUUAGCAGAAUAGUAAAGACAAGAUCAAAGAGAAAUUUCAUUUUUUUAAUAAAAAAAUGUUUUUUGGCUACGGCUAAGGCUACGCUAAAAUUCGAGCAUAAGCUCAAGCUCAAUUUCAAUAUCAAUCUCCGACUCAGGCUCACGCUCAGGCUUAAGCUGAGGUUCAGACUCAAGCUCAAACUCAGACGUUCAGGUUCAGGUUCAGGUUCAGGCUCAGGCUCAGGCUCAGGCUCAAGCUCAGGCUCAGGCUCAGGCUCAGGCUCAGGCUCAGGCUCAGGCUCAGGCUCAGGCUCAGGCUCAGGCUCAGGCUUAG